ACUGUACGCACCGCGGAGCCGUUUACUGGGACAAGGCGAAAUCCCCAAAUUGGCCGAACCCCGUGCCCUAAUUUUUUCCCCCCAUUGGACCGGUCCGCUGCAAUCCCAUCUCGUCUCUCUCGCUCUCUCUCUCUCUCUCUCUCUCCACUCUAUCGCUGUGUACAUCCGCGGCAUCGCAAUUUCUCGCUCGCAACGCUCAAAUUUUACACGAACGAGGCCUUUACCCGCCAAAAGGUCCUCCUGCGAGCUAUUAUGGAUCCGGAGGCCGCCCCCUCUCCGAAGAUGGAAGCCCCUGAACCGGAAAUCCCAGAGGGUGUUCCGUCGCCUGGUGCCGGGGACAAGAGAAGGGUCUCCGAUGGGGAGGACGCGGAGCCGACCCCGCCUUCGCCGAAGAAGCCGCGCCGUGGAGCUGGGGACCUGGGCAGGGUGGCGGAGAUCGUGCUGGUCUUGUCGGCUAUGGGGAGGAUGCGAGGCGGGAGGGAUCCCACCGAGGUGGAGCUCGGGCUUAUGGCGGAGGCGAGGGAGAAGCUUGCUGCCAUCUGCGAAACCCUACAGCCCAAGGAUAUUGUGGGUAGGGAUGCGGUCGGGCGUGUGAUUGAGGAUUUGGGGCUCAAUGGGAAGGCUAGAGAUCAGCGGUUGGGGUUCAAGGUUCCCAAGUUGUCGAUAGCUGAGAAGCUUGCUUUUACUCGGAGAAAGAUGGAAGAAUCGAAGAAGUAUCCUAUCCACACCACUACAUAUAUGUCUCACCCAUUGCAAGGAAGCUUCAGUGUGGGAACUGAUAAUAAUCGGGGAACAUUACCGGCACGCACAUUUCAAUCAGAUAAACCCAGCCAGCCACCAAUCUCUGCUGGAGGUAUUUUGGGUUCUCCAUCUCUGGGAAAUGUUGCUUCAUCAACCCUUGCCAAUUUUUGUGCGGGAAAUUCUACAUCUAUGACAUAUCACUUUGGCCCAAGUGAAGCAAGGACAUCUACAAUUUCCAGUGCAUUACCUGUUGGCCAUUCAGUUAAGGAUUCUUCUUCAGUAGCCGUGCCUAAAGUUGAAGGACCACCGGAUGUGGUUGAAAUUGGAUCUAUUCCAUCCAGAACAUCAAUUGUACAAGGUACAUCGGUAGUACAAGCAAGUUCAUCUUUAACUCAGCCAUCGGUGAAUGCUCCCACAUGGCCUGUACAAGCACAACCAACUUCAUUAAACAGAGUUGGACCAGAAAAGAAUGUACUUAAUCAUACGCCAGGCAAGGUUCAGGAAGCUUCUAGUAUGAUGAUAUCACCAGCGCCUCUGCAAGCAGCAAGAGACCAAACCCGUAGACAACAUAUUACAAGAGCUGCAUCAGGUCCACCACCUGGUGUGCAUCACCAGCCACUGCAGGGUGUUACUGCUGCUGCACCUUCGAAUUAUUCCAAUCACUAUGAGAUUGCGAAAAUUGUUCAGAAGUUUUUACCUCCAAAGCUUCCUGAGCACCCCACCUGGACUCCUCCUUCAAGGGAGUACAUGAAUAAGGCUUUAGCCUGCCAGAUCUGUCAGAUUACGAUCAAUGAUGUGGAAAGUGUGCUCCUUUGCGAUGCUUGUGAAAAGGGAUACCACUUAAAAUGCCUGCAAUCUCAGAAUCAGAGAGGUAUUCCGAAGGUUGAGUGGCAUUGCCAGAAAUGUCUUGCACUAAGCCACGGGAAGCCUUUGCCUCCUAAAUAUGGUCGUGUCAUGAGAAAUAUGGCUGCACCAAAAGUGACCGCAAAUGCCAGUGCUGUUCAGUCAUCUUCUGAGAAAAAAGUGGGAACUGAUUCAGAAGUCAAUCAGCAGAAGGUGACAUCGAUUGAGAGCUCCGGAUCACAUAAUCCUGCUGCUGGGGCUGCUGUCAGCAACAAUCAUGUUAAGUCUUUCUCUGACGUCCAAUUGUUGAAGGGAAGAGAGAUGCAGGGGAACAAUCCAUUUGUUAGAGAAGAAAUGCAAGAGAAGCCUUCUUCUCAAUGUGCUGCGAGCAAUUCCAUCACAUCUGUUAGCUCAGCUUCUGGUUCUCCAGAUGGUUCGUUCAAUAGGCACAUGAAUAAAUGUGAACCAUCUAGUGGUGAAGCAAGACCAGAUUCCCAAGCAAAGUCUGAGACUCCUGCCAAUGAAUCUGAACUUUCUUCGUCGCUGCAGAAUCCAUUUGAUAAGAAAGGCAAAGAUACAGCAGAGUGUGCUGGAACUGCUUUGGAAACAUGUGAAAACAGCAACACAGAAAGGAAAGAGGCAGAAAAGUCUUACACGGAUGAUAAUGUUGAUUCCGAUGUUGUAACUAAUUCAAAGCAAGAGCAGCCUCGUGCAGAAGAAAUUGUUGAUACUAGUACUGGAUCCGAUGCAAAGGGAGAGAAGUCUUGUGCAGAAGAAAAUGUUGAUUCCAAUGCUGGAAACAAUGCAAAGGAAGAAAAGUUGUGUGGAGAUGAUGAUGCUGGUUCUAAUACUGGAGAUGGCAAGCAAGAAAAAUCUCGUGAAGACGAUAUUGAUUCUAACACUAGAAGUGAUACAAAGCAAGAUGAUGCAGAUGCAGGACAGCAAGAUCCUGGUCCAAGUCUUGUUGCUGAUGUAGCGGGUACAGAGAAUACUGGUCUUCCUUCAGAUGUCUCAGACUGCGCUCAAUGGCUUGGAGAUGUUCUUGAGCUAGCUGAUGGAAAGGCAUUUUAUGGUUCUUGCUGCAUUGCUGGAGUUACGUAUACAAUGAAUCAGCAUGCCCUUUUCCAUUCCGAUAAUGCGAAAUUGGUGCCCUCUAAGCUUCAGGCAAUGUGGGAAGACCAAGUUACUGGGCUGAAGUGGGUAAAGGCUAAUAGGUGUUACUUUCCUAGUGACUUGCCUGAUAAUGUUGGUCGCCCAUUUACAGAAACUAAUGAGGUUUUUGAAUCAAACCGUGAAGUGACUUUCGUGGCUGGAACAAUUCGAGGCCCAUGUGAAGUUCUCCAUCCAACCAAGUACAAGGAAGAAACUGAAAGGCGGAGCCAUGAGGGAAAUGUUGGACUAACGCCCGUCUUCUUAUGCAAAUGGUUUUAUGACGAAACUAAAGGUCACUUCCAGGCCGUCUCCAGUUAAAGUCUGUCUGAUAAUACUACAGGUGCUGACGAUUUGUUUCCUAGGUAGCAGUUGCAUGGUGAAUCCUUUGUCAGGUUCUCUUUUUAUUCAACUUGGGCGCCUCAAUGGAAGUAUGGCUGUAAGGUUGUAUGUGACAUUAGUCCGAAAACAGAUAGCAGCUUCUCAAUAGCUUAUUGUAAUAGUUGCUUUUGUAUUAGAUUUCAUUAGGUGUCCCUCUUAGGAUAAUGUGUCUUCUUCCGAAAAACAUGGAAUUUUCUCGACGAAGCAGUGCGGAAUUCCGCUCGCCAAGUUAUCAAUUGAGUUGUAACAAAUUGAAACGGUAGAAAUUCCUCAGUUAAAUGCCUAUGAUGUCUCGUCAUCAAGUUCCUUUAAUUCAAA